CUUCGGUGUUCUAUCUCCUUAGGCAGGUACCUGUGCCCCUGUUACACGUUUGGCCAGGGCCUAAACUUAAUAAGAUCUGCUGCAAGUCGCAUUGCGUAUUGCGUUCCGGCGUCUUGGAAUCUUGGGUGACCUCGAUCAACAUUCCAUUAGCCAGCCAUUCCGUCUACUACUACUCCCCACUACAAUUCUUCUUAUAUAUCGAAACACCCCCGACAAAACCUACCGCGAUGGAUUUCGCUCCCUACCAAUCCUCUCCCCCCGAAAACAGCCGACCCUUCUCCCCUCCUCGGUCCAACGCCGCGUCGCCGCGCGCCUCCUUUGAUAAACGUCGGCCUUUCUCCCCUUCGCAGCAGCAGCAGCAGCAGCAGCAGCGCGGCUUUUCGUCCCCGCCGCCUUUGCAACAUCCGCAACCUCAACGUUCGUGGCAGUCCUCUCUUCCCGGAGCUGGCGUCGGUAGCGGGUACGCGCCUGAGACCGGGGCGUACGUGAGCGAGUUCGACACUAGCCUCGGCAUACGGUUGGAUUAUGAGGCUUGCCUAGCGUAUCUUGCGCUGCCGCCUCUAGGCGCAAUAAUAUUGCUGAUAGUGGAGCGGAAGAGCGACUUUGUUAGGUUCCACGCGUGGCAGUCUAGUCUGCUAUUCACCGUCAUUUUCAUCGUGCAUCUAAUCUUCUCGUGGUCGAAAUUCCUAAGCUGGGUCAUAUUCCUUGCGGAUCUGGGCCUGAUGGGGUGGCUAGCCCUGCGCGCAUAUCGGGAUGCGGACACGUUAGAUCGAUUCGAAGUUCCUAUUUUCGGCCAAAUAGCGAGUCGAAUACUCGACGACGAGUAAACCGCCCGUGUUAAUUCACCUAUGAUUGGAUCGGAUUUCCGGGACUGAUAUAAAGUCGGGAGAAGGCUUUGUUUUGCUGUAUAAUAUCGAUUACUAUUGCGCAUGAUGUAUAUACCCCAAGUGCCCGGAGCUGGCCUUUGUUUUAAUACCAACUAAUAUCAUCUGCUUGA